ACUGGCUCGAGAAAGAGAAGAAUCGUUUUGUUUCGAGCAUAUAGAAAUCCUGCGACAGAAACCGCGGAAGGUAUAUCCUUACUCGUCGAGUGCUGGGUUCCGUAGUGCAACGUGCGUGAUUUUCACGUCAAGCUCUUGUGUGACCUUUCGUUACUGCUGCGAAGAAACAAGUUUAUACUAUAAAACUUCAGCUGGCAUUUGAAAUUUAAAAUCAUGACGUUAUUACCGCCAACGCCGGCGCAACAGAAAUAUAUAGACAAGCAACUCCCACCUGACCCGGAAAUGAGAAAACAAGAUAUCAGAGCGCUUCGGGAAUGGCUCUCAAAACAGCCGCACUUGCCGAAUCACAUAGACAAUGACAAACUGGAGAGAUUUCUUUUCAAUUGCAAGAAUAGUAUUGAGAGGUGUAAAUUAAUUUUAGAAAGAUACUACACCGUCCGAACAUUCUUACCGGAAUUUUUCGCCGCUCGUGAUCCGCUGUCUCAAGAUAUUCAUAGAUGCGUCAAUACCAUAGAAUACUUUGUUUUGCCAUCACUAACCGAGGAAGGAUAUCGUGUCAGCAUCAUUCGAUUACGUGAGACUGAUCCAGAGAAGUUUUCAUUUCAAGCGUUAACGAGACGUAUUUUAAUGGUACUUGACAUUCGUUUGAUGGAAGAAACCUGCUUAUCCAAUGUUAUGAUCGUAGAUCUCGAGGGAUAUAGUAUGAAGCAUUUUGCAAAAGUAAAUCCAGCGCAAUCUAUUGUAAGACGGGCAAUGUUGGCGGCGCAAGAUAGCAUGCCUUUCCGAUUGUCUGGCGUUUAUUUUCUUCACGCGCCAUCGUUCGUCACUAAAGUAACGGACUUAUUUUAUCCAUUUUUAAAAAAAAGAUUAAUUGAAAAAUUUCAUAUUUUUAACGGUGGCCCAGAAGAAUUAUAUGCUUACAUAAACAAAGAUAUACUUCCUAACGAAUGGGGUGGUAAAGCAGGCACUUUGCAAGAAUUAAAUGCUGCGUGGCAAGAAAAAAUUGAACAGUAUAAAGAUUGGUUUCUACGGGAUGAAAAGCUGAGUCGUACGAAUGAGAAUGCUCGUUUAUUGGAAUCAAAGUCUUGUCUCAUGGAAUUCGAAGCGCUUCAAGGUUCAUUUCGAAAACUGAAUAUAGAUUAAUGAUAUUCUUGUUAUAUAAAUUAUUUUUUACUUACUACGGAAGUUUUUAAUUGAGCCACAACUUUUUAAUCCGAUUAAAAUUGUAAAUUACAAUUAGCAUAAUUUUAAUCAAUCAAUGAAACAAAGAUGUAAAAUUGCAUAAAAGUGAU